CUUCCCAGAUCUCAGAGACAUCCCAUCUAUUAUACUCGCCCUACCCUUCGCCGUCGAAACAAGAACAGAUCCCUGGCAGCAUGCGGCAAAAUGCAUCCGCAGUCAUGAGCACAUCCAGCACGGAUAGGUCAGCCCACCUUUUCAUCGUCUCCACCGAGCAAUGUCAGCUCCACCUCCAAACGAUCCACAGGCGAUCGGACGGUUGAGGGCCGAUCUCGAUGGCGCCAUGGGCGUGAUGCGGGACAAUAUGCGCAACAUGGCAGAAAGGGAUGUGCAACUACAUGACCUUGAAGGCAAAAGCAACUCGCUUCAUGUGGCAUCGGGCACCUUCAGCGCACAUGCUACACGCCUGCGGAAGGAGCAAGAGUGGCAAAGGUGUAAGACGCGGCUGGCCAUCUUCUCUGUGAUUGGCUUUCUGGUUUGGCUCCUCAUCUUUUGGUUCAUGGCCGAUCACCGAGUCACCUUUCUACUCGUCAGUGCCGGGGUGCUGGUCUUGGCUGUGCCCAUUUGUUGGUGUUCGAUCAGGCGGUGGAGACAAAUGGAGGACCAGGAGGCUUUCCGGGAUGUAGACUCGAUCUGAAUCAGAACGAGGUGAAGGCGGUAUCCCGGUGCAGCACCAGUGAAGGCGGUUCCAGGUCGUGAUGGUCAAAACCCCACGGUCACCGUUGCGGCCCAAACGGGUUGUCAACACCCUUG